AUGCCGAAAAGUCAAGACCCCUCCCCGUCCAAGUCUCUCCAGGAGAAGCACGAAACCGCCAGUACUACACCAAAAAAUGCAAUCGACCCGGCCUCCCCGUACGCGCAUCUCCACCGCACCCGCGAAGAGCCCUACAUCCAGAUAACAGACUACGCAUCCCCAAACAACAACACGCUCCAAGACGCACUCUGGGACGCUAUCAACAUCGAUGACGGCAUCGUCGCGCUCUCAGACAUAUACGCAUCCAAGCACGACCUCCCCACCGCGCAGCUGCGAUUUCCCUGGGACUUAACAAAGGGAGUCUACGUCCUGCACGGAUUCCACAACCUGUACUGUGUGAAGACCAUCCAUGCCUCGCUGUCUGAGUUCCGAGCCGGUAAGCCGCAGUCGAGUUCGUGGGGUCAUGUCUCGUACUGCCUGGACGCGCUGAGGCGUCAGGUCCUGUGUGAUGCAGAUGAUACGCCGAGGGCGACGGAGAGACGGGAUGAUACUGGUGGGGAGGACAGACAGAAGAGGAAGUGUAGGGAUUGGGAUGGGCUGGUGCAGUUUGCGAGGGAGAAUACGGCUUGUUAUCGACAGCCUGGCGGUGGUGGUAAUGGUGGUGAUGAUGGGAAGUCGGUGUUAGAGAGGUUCAAGCACUGUCCGCAGGGGAGUGGGUAUGUGGUUGAUGAUAGCUAUGUGUCGAAUGAUACUAGUUUUGUUGGCUUGCCCGGAGAGCCCAUUGUGCAGGGGGUGGUUUAG